AUGGAUAGAAAGUCUGCUAGAAUAAAAGCAGAGUUACAAAGAUAUGGUUGGAGAGUUUCGAAGAAGUUUAAAUAUAGGAAGGGAAGACCCAUAAAAGUCUAUGACAAACUGGCUGGUCUUCGCUACGAAAUGGAUUUGGAAACAGCACGUGCCAAUUAUCCAAACAGACUAGAGAGGUUAGAAGAAGAACGUCUUAUGGACAUGCCUUUCGAUGUUAGUGAACCUCAAGUUGAAGGACAGGACGGCUUUGCCAGAUUCUACUGGAAACAUGACGAACAAUUGCAUCCUUUGAGAAGGAAAAAAGGAAAAGGUGAAGACGCACAUGCUCCCAUGGAAAGAACAAGAUAUGCAUAUGAGAAGUACCGUGAAGUUAGAAGUCAAAUUACAUCUGGUCGAACCUUUACAGUAAACUUUGACGAAGGAAAGAACAAAGAAGGCUUCAUGGGUGUACUUGCUGCCAUACAAGACGGAAAUAAGAAAGGACACAAUCUCAGAUUGACCAUAACGGAUUUGGAUGGUCACAUUUACUAUGCAAAUGGCAAUGAACAAACAGCUGCAAAACUUCUUGACGCUUUCAAGACUACAAAGAGAGAACAAAUGGUUGACUCCGACUCAGACAUUUUGAAUGCAAUUGAAGGAAUUGCAAGUGUCAAGUUCGAAUGGUACCAACCUAACCCUCAAGCAGUCAGACAACAUGCUGGAUACUUCCCCUUCAUAAAUAAGUCUGACAUUGACUUGACAAGGUAUGGAAUUUACAAUUCAAUUGAAACAAUUGUCAAUGAACCUUGUAUUCUUACAUGUCUCAGGAACUCUGGUCUUGUUACAGAAGAGAAGAUGAAGUAUCUUGAGUCAUGUGUGAAGACAAGGUACAUUCUCAGAGGUCAAUUGGCAAAAAUUGCACCGUUGGCAAAUGUCAAUAUCCGAGUCAACAUACCUACAGCUAAAGGUUCUUCACAUGACGACUAUGUUGUUGAGUUCAAUUUACCAUGGUUGAAGAUUGCAAUUGUCCACAACCACUUCAUGUUGAACGAAAGUCUUACAAACCCAUU